AUGCAAGGGCCUGUGCCACAGCAGCUGCGUGACAGAAGGCUCACUGAUCCUCGGGCUGUUCCCAGGACGCGCAGGAAAACGGACAGCGAGUGCUGCGGGAAGAUCAUCAACCCGGGGAAAGAUGCCCGGAGCUUGCCGGACUGCCAUCACAUCGAGAUGUCGGGAGAGCAGGGGUUCCCAACCUGGGGUCCACGGUUCCUGUUACUGGUAUUGGUCUUUGGCAUUAAAAAACCAAAUCUGACACAAAAGGUACGAAAUCUAAACCUGAAUCCGAAAGGGAAGGAAAGUAAACGUCACUGCGAGGAACAUGAGGAAGAACUGAAGCUGUUUUGUGAAACGGACAAGACACUGAUCUGUCUGGUCUGUAGAGACGCGCAGGAACACAGAGAGCACCGCUUCAUGCCGAUUAAAGAAGCUGUUAAAAUCUACAAGGAUCAGCUAAAAUCUUCCUUAGACUCUCUCACAAAAAAGAAAUCAGACUUCCAGGAAAAGGAGCAGCAACAGAAAGAGAAGAUUUCCGGAGUUCGGGAACAGUCACACAGUGUUCAGUCCCACAUCACAUCCCAGUUUGCUGAACUGCGCCAGAUUAUCACUGAGAAAGAGCAGAGCUUACUCAGGGAUCUCAGGGAAGAAGAGAAGAGGAUUCUCAACCCAAUGGAGAAAAAUCUUCUAGCCCUUCAAGAGAAUAUAAGGAUUAUUCAGGAGGAAAUCACUAAGUUAAAGGAACAGAUGGAUCAGAACGACAGUGUGAUGUUUCUCAAGGAGGAAGCUCGUCGGAACAGGAGGAUUAAUGACGAUGUCCAGGAAUUAGCAGUGACAGAUGAGACCCUACCAGUUGAAAACUUCGAUCACCCCUAUUUGUUGAACACAGUGCUGAGAGAAACGCUUGAUGCUAUUAAUCGAGUCUCUGUCACCCUGGAUGUGGAAACGGCGAAUCCGUAUCUCGAGGUGUCUGAGGAUCGGAAGAGUGUGAGACGGACCUGGACCCGGAGGAAUCUCCCUGACACCGGGAAGAGAUUCACAGACUGGCCUUGUGUGCUGGGAUCGGAGGGAUUCACAUCGGGGAGACAUUACUGGGAGGUGGAGGUGACGGGGAUUCGGCGCUGGGGUCUGGGAGUCGCCGCAGAGUCUGUGGAGAGGAAGAGAGGGGUCAGUCUGAGUCCGGAGACCGGAUUCUGGUUCAUCAGGCGGGUUGGUGACGUGUUACAUCGGGAUUGUGACGUGUCCGGUCGCCCCUCCCCCGAGUCCCGUCUCGCUGCCGGUCCCAUCCCCGGGAGGGUGGGAGUUUAUCUCAGUUACGAGUCCGGGACAGUUUCAUUUUACAACGCGGAGACCAAGGCCCAUCUCCACACCUUCACUGGGAAUAAAUUCACGGGGAAACUUUAUCCUCUCUUCGCGCCCUGGGAUGAAAACCAGUGGCUGAGAAUCUGCUCCGGUUCCGCUCCGGGUCUGUAAACGGGUCGGGUCCCGGGACCGGCGUCAGGAGUAAAGUCCCUGUAAAUAUAAAUGUGCGGAGAGUGCAGCUAAAUACGUGGCUCAGGGGAUGGUGCAGGAGGGAGGGCUUCAUGUUUCUGGACAAUUGGGCUUUGUUCCCGGGAAGGUGGGGCCUGUUCCGACAGGACGGUUUGCCCCUAAACUGGGCGGGGGGGGGGGAAUAAAAUUCUUGCGGGUAGAUUUGCCAGUGCUGCUCCGGGGAAUUUAAUCUAGAUUUGCAGAGGGAGGGGAACCAGAGUGUUAGAGCAGAUAGUGAGGUGCAGGAGGAUAAGGAACAUGAGAGGACUGCAUGUAUAAACGGAAAUGAAAAAAAAAAGCGGAUGAUAUACAUAUUCUCAGGUACAUCUAUUUCAAUGCACGGAGUAUUGUCGGUAAAACAGAUGAGUUUAGGGCUUGGGUUGACACGUGGGAUAACGACAUUACUGCUAUUAGUGAGGGGCAGAACUGGCAGCUCAAUGUUCCGGUAAAAUUGGAGAACGGCCAAUUUUGUGGAAAUGAAAAAGGAUCCAGGAAGAGUGGAUUGGGAUAAGUUUUUUUUCUGGCAAGGAUGUGUUCAGUAAGUUCACAGGCAUAAGAAAUUAAAUAGAGAUUGGGUUGGAAAUGUUAUAGCAACUUCAUUUAAUUCAAAAUCGAGAGGAGUUGCAAUUUCGGUUAAUAAAUCUUUACCAAUUAAAAUACAAAAUGUAAUAAUUGAUUCUGUGGGGAGAUAUGUGAUUAUACAUUGUGAAUUUUUUUCAGAAUUAUGGACUUUUAUGAAUAUUGAUGCACCAAAUGAAAAUGAUGCAAAAUUCAUACAAGAAGAUUUUUUGAACUUGGCUGACGCAAAUGAUAAAAUAUUAAUAGGCGGAGAUUUUAAUUUUUGUUAAGAUCCAGUUUUGGAAAGGUCAACUACAGAUGUUACAAAAUUAAAAGUAAUAAAACUAACUUUAUCAUUAAUGAAAGAUUUAAACCUGAUUGAUAUAUGGAGAAAAAUUAAUCCAAGAGAAAGAGAUUAUUCAUUUUAUUCAAAUAGACAUAAAACUUAGAUGGAGAUUUAAUACAAUUUUAUUAAAACGUCAAGAUUUUUGUGAUUUUAUGAAAAAACAGAUUCAAUUUUUUUUGGAUACAAAUUUACAUUCAGUUGAGGAUAAAAUUGUAUUAUAGGAAGCGAUGAAAGCAUAUUUAAGGGGUCAGAUUAUAAGUUAUACAUCUAAAAUUAAGAAGGAAAAUUGGGAAAAGAUAUCAUAAAGUUAGAAAAAGAAUCUCAAAGAUAUAUGACAGAAGAAAAACAAAGACAACUUGUUAAUAAAAAACUACAAUAUAAUACCCUCCAGACGUAUCGUACAAAAAUGUAAUUAUGAGAACUAAACAGAAAUAUUACGAAUUAGGUGAAAGAUCACAUAAAAUUCUUGCUUGGCAGUUGAAAACAGAACAGGCUUUUAAAACAAUAAAUGCAAUUAGAACAAGUGUAAAUAAGGUUGCUGAUAAACCUUUAGAAAUUAAUGAAACUUUAAUUUUUUUUAUACUGAACUAUAUCAAUCAGAAUCACAAAAUAAGAUUACUGAGAUAGAUAAAUUUUUAUCACAAAUAACCCUUCCAAAAUUUAAUUUGGAAGAACAGAAAGGAUUAGAUAUGCCCCUUACAUUAAAAGAGGUUGAAGAAGCUUUAGGAUCACUUCAGAGUAACAAAUCCCCAGAAGAAGAUGGUUUUCCUCCUGAAUUUUAUAAAAAAAAUUUAAAGAUAUAUUAAUUCCUCCCUUUAUGGAAUUAAUAUACCAAGUGGAAAGAAUGCAUAAACUCCCACAAUCUUUUUUAACAGCGAUCAUAACUGUAUUGCCAAAAAAGAGAUCCUCUAAAACCAACAUCAUAUAGGCCUAUUUCUUUGUUGAAUACAGAUUAUAAGAUAAUAGCAAAAAUUUUAUCUAAUAGAAUAUCUAAAUGUUUACCAAAAUUAAUACAUAUGGAUCAAACAGAUUUUAUUAAAAACAGACAAUCAAUGGAUAAUCUAACCUGCUUACUUAGUAUAAUUCAUCUGGCACAAAAAAGAGAGGAAAUGAGUGUGGCAUUUGCUUUGGAUGCAGAAAAAGCAUUUGAUAAAUUGGAAUGGGAUUUUUUGUUUAAGGUAUUGGAAAAAUAUGAGCUGGGAAAAUCUUUUAUACAAUGGAUUAAAACCUUAAAUACUAAUCCUCAAGCUAAAGUAGUUACAAAUGCUCAGAUUUCAACACCAUUUUGCUUAACGAGGUCAACUAGACAAGGCUGCCCGUUAUCACCUGCUUUAUUUGUAUUGGCAAAAGAACCAUUAGCUGAAUUAAUUAGAACAGAUUCAGAUAUUGGCGGUUUUAGAGUUAAUCAAGAAGUAUAUAAGAUUAAUUUAUUUGCUGAUGAUGUUUUGAUUUAUUUAACAAACCCAUUACAAUCUUUGCAAAGAUUAUCUUUUAAAUUGGAAGAAUACGGGAAAGUAUCAGGGUAUAAAUUAAAUUGGGAUAAAAGUGAAAUUUUACCCCUUACCAAAGGAAAUUAUAAUCAAUGUCGAUUAGUAACUCAAUUUCGAUGCUCAAUAAAUGGGAUAAAAUAUUUAGG